ACAGCUCCUGCCGCCUACACCGUUCAAAACGAUAGGGAGGGACUGUGCAGGGCAGUGCAGCAGGUCUACUAACCUCUUCACAGAGCGCGGCGAAAGCAGAUUCAGUGCAGCCACAAAGGUGCUUCACUCUGCUUUAGCGAAUCCACUUGUUUUUCAGCUAACGUCAAAAGAAAAACGGUGGGAGGAUAACAUCCGCAGCUAUUCUGCGCUUUGUCUAGAGCCAUUUCCCUCCGUUUUCUCUGCCUUUUUUGUCAAGGGCCAUAUCUACAGCCCUCACUGCAGAGGCCCAUGCUUGCCUUGACCUCGCUGCCUCAGCUGGCACGUGCGCUGGGGCAGGGACGUGCCGUGGUGCUGGUGCUAGCGCCGGCUCUCAUCCCGCCUGUCUGCGCCGGGGUUAGGUGCCUCUCCACUUGCCUAUGUGGACAUACUUAUAACGACAUUUAUAAAAAGGAUAUUUGCAACCGGGGCCCCCCAGUACCUGAUUUUCUCAUGCCCACCUGCACACCAGGGCUGGGCCUUGGCAGGUUGCUCCGACAUCCGCAGGUGCCAGCUUCGGGGAGGGGGACGCCUAGCAAGGGAACACGGCCCAGCUGACAAAGAGGUGUGCGCCUGAGGAUGUAACUGGGAGAAGUUAACUCCUUUUUAAUUUGGGAUUACUGAAGGAAAAAGGGCCUGAUGUUGCUUGAACAGCGAUAACAGGCACAACUGGGCAACAGGCUGCUGUCGCCCAGCUGUGCGGCGCUGUGCGCCGAGAUGAAACCCAUUACCUGUGAAACACGUAAUAAACACCCACUCGUUUUUGCAGAACAUACACAUUAACAGUAUUGAUCUAUGCCCAUGCCCUAUAAAUGCAGUAUGCUACUAUAUGCGUUCCUAUUGUAAAGCAGUUAUAUAGUCUUAAGACAUCUUUAAUAACUGACCAAAACCCAAGUGGAAAUCCCAGAGCACGUAAAACAUUACGUGAAACAAGCGAUUGCCUUGUUUUUGGCAAACAUUAAGCCAUCGUCAGAACGAGCCGUUGCGCAAUGGAGCGAACGGACCUUCUCUAUAAAUGAGAGGAUUUCAGCAGGUUACUCCCAGCACGGCCUUACGGGUUCCUCCUUCCCUGCCGACCUCGAGCUUGGUAGCGCCACUUGUGCAGGAUGAGGCCCACAGCGCUGGCACUGGCUCUCGUCUCCCUCCUGGCUGCAGUGUGCGAAGCAGGGGGCGAAGGGAACCCCGUGAAGCUCUGCGGGAGAGACUUUGUCAGAGCCAUCGUCUUCACCUGUGGUGGCUCUCGCUGGAAAAGGCACUUGGCUGGUUAUCCACAUCUCUUGGGUAAGUACCAGCUAAUGCCCAGCAGGCUCGUUUCUCCCGUUCUGGGCAGGGCUGAAUCCCCUGCAGGUGAUCUAAGGGCAGAGCUGAACCUGCCUCCUUUUGCUCUUCCGGAAAGCUGCAUCCCGAGCACAAACAGCAUGGGCUUUGCCUUCGGGCAGCGAGUGAAAUGGCACGGUUGCACGGUUUUUGUUUCUUUGCAGCUUGCUUUGGAUGGCUUCGUUAAAACGUUUACUAGGACAAAGCGACUAAAGGAGGCGGAUGACCGGAAAGCAGCCUUUCCGGGCAGUAACGUCCGUCUUCUUCUUUCUAAUUUUUACGCAACAGAGAGUGAAAAUCCCCUGCCUUUCUCACGCGAGAACAACGAUUACGCAGACUCCUUCAACUACGGGGAUCAGAAGGUGGAGAUGGACAGCGAAGAAACCGGGAACGCCAAGUCCGAGGCCGAACGAGACCUACGGGGCGCCAGGAAAAUGUCCGCGCUAGAGAAGCGCGAAGCCGCCAAGCUGCUUACCACGUCCUGCUGCAGCGUCGGCUGCAGCGAGCGAGACAUAAGUUCGCUGUGCUGACACGUAGCGGAGGCUAACCAGAUUCAGCCCGCGGCUUUAGUGCAUUAAAACAAUCAUGAUAUAAAACACAAUUAUUUUGGUUGUAGUUCUUCCGUUGUAGCUUUAUUCUUUGGAGUGCGCUAAGGGUUAAAGGCUACAUGUAAACGUUGUCGUGGGAGCCAGCAAAGGCUGCAGUGACAGUUCAGGUUGGCUCGUUUGCACUGCAAGUGUUUUAGAGCUAAUUUCUCAUCACGUAUACAAACAUUUCCUCCUCAUCUAAUUAGCCCUCUUAUUUCAGCCUUGCAUGUAAGAUGUAAUAAAAUGAGCAAUUUCCCAUAUAUUUGUUUUCUUGCUUAUGCAAAUGCAACAACAGGUUUUGGACC